UUGUUCUAAAUGUAAAAGUUGAAGAAACCUAAUACGAAUUUCAGUUUUUCGCGACCUUCAUUUUGUAAUUUACUAAAAAUACAAAUUUUAAGUUAAUUUUGUAAAACAUUACUUUCUGAUAAGACAACAAUCGUAUUCAUUAAAAAAUUAAUCAUUUGUAAUAAAAAAUCUUAUUGUGUUUAUCUAAAUAUCUGUCUAGAACAAUUUUUCGUACAAAAAAUUGCUUGCUAAAAAAAUAAUACGAUAAAAUGUCAACUUGUGGAAUGUUGGAAAAUAGUCUAUCCAAGAUUGACGAGAGUAUAGAAGUUGAAAAACAACAAAAAGAAAAUGGCGCAGGCGCCAUGUCAUCAAAAGAUGAUCAUGUUGUUAAUACACCACCAAAUGUAAAUCGAAAAGUUAUUGGAGAUGUUUCAAAAUUUCUGCCCAAGCAGACGACAAUUACUAAGGAUGAUGUACAUAUGACUCCACCGCCACCACCACCAACGACUCCAGUUCAACAAAAACAUGUUGCAAAACAGCCAGUUGAUGCAAAUACAUUAAAUGCUCAACUAGAGUCUGAAAUCAUUGAUGAAACUUCAUCCUACGAUAAAUGGGAGAAUACUUCUACAGUUCCACCGCCUCCUCCAAUGCCACCAAAACAAUUGACGUCUGUCAAGGAUACAAUAGUUCAAAGAAGUGUUAACUUUAAAUCCGACAUUAAAAAGGCCAAGCUUGCUUUGAAAUCUUCUAACACGAACAAUCGGAUUCAAAAGAAAAAGGUUGAAGUAAUAGUGGAUGUAAGCGAAAAACAGCAUGAUAUACAAUCGUUAGCAUUGAUGGAAAUACCGAAAAAGUCUAAAUUUGAUGAGAUUUUAAAAUUAACAGAACGAACUUGGAAAAUUCAGAAAUUACUAGAGAAACAAUCGAUGAUUAAACCAUCGGUCAUUUCUGUAGCGAUACCACUACCACCACCAACAUCAACAUUGGUUUCUAUGGACAUUUUAUUGACCAUGAAUGGCGGAGAAGAAAACAUUGCAGUUGCCGAGAAAAAUAGCAAUGAAAUAUCGAAGAAGGCGAUCGCAUGCAAUCAAAUGCCGACAACAUGUCUUCAUCAUCAUGAUAAUAAUCAUCACAAUGAAGAAGAGGUGUUGUCACUGCAGAUUCUAUCUGCUCGCUCUUCUACACCUUAUACUCAGCCAAUGUCCUGUACAGCCGCAAGUUGUGAUUUGGAAAACGUUUCUGAACAUGUGAGCCCAGUUAAAGAUGAUGGCGGUAAUAUUUGCAAGCACAAUGUUAGAGAAAUUCGUCAGAAUCUAAAAGCAAAAAAGAUUGCAGUUACUGCAUCUAAAUCCGUCCCAUCUGUACCAAUUACUAAUGGUUGUGGUAAAAUUGUUUCUAAAACUAAAUCCGCUAUGCAUACAAUUAACGUCGAUUCAGUUAUACACUACACACGACCUAAUCUUCACAUGAUUCGUAACGAAAUGUCUAAUUCAAAAUUAAAACAACAUCUUUCACCUUUUGUGCCACCGAACAUUGUUAAUUGUGAUGUAAUCGAAUUGGAAGCACGUCUCAAACGAUUUAACAUCUGGAAAUUGCCUUCUGAUGCUGAUUCCGCCUUAUACGGCACACGUAAUAAUAACAACAACACCCAUAAUAACAGUAACGUUGGUCAUAACAACAAUAUUAAUAAUAAUGGUAAUAACUUGAAAUCUCGAUGCAAUGACAUGAUGCCGUCUUUUGUAAAACGUAAAUUUAUGGAUGAAUCAAUUAUUAGAAGCCAACCGCCACAGCCACUUGAUUUUAAGGAUCCUGCAAUCAUAACGAAUCAACGCCGUAUUGGCAGUGGUCGCCUAUCACAUAAUAAAUGGUCUGGUAACUACCAACCACAGUAUGACAAUCAACAUUACCAUCCAAAAUUAUCGGAAUGUAGCCAAUUUAACAAGCAACUGAACGGCGAUAAUAACGUAACAGUUUCGAAUGAAAAGUCUUGCAAAGAUCGAACGGCUGCUGUGGAUGUUGGAAAAUCGAACUAUGUGAAACGGGUCAUGUCUGGAUUUUUAGUUGUUUCUAAUCCAAAGGAUCGAGAAACGGAAGAAAAAUACGAACAACAUUAUAAAAAUCAGCAAAACGAAGAACCCGAAUGGUUUAGUUGUGGACCAACAUCACGUUUAGACACAAUUGAAUUGUGUGGCUUUGAUGAAGACGAUGAGCAACAACAUUUAAAUAGUGAAAAUAAUAGUAGCAGUGGUAGUACUGGCGGUGCUUCCGUUGACGUUGCUAUAAAUAGCGAAGAAUGUAAAGAAAAUCGCCAACAAAAUUCAAAUAAGAUUGAAUUGUCUGGUAAAUCAAAAUGGCCUGAUAACUUUAAUAAAUAUAGAAAAUUCAAUGGCAAAAGCGAUUCAAAUAACGUUCAUGAAAAUAAAAAUGCAGAUGCCUCAAAACCAAAUAACCACCAUGAAAAAUCUGAUCAUGGAAAUAAGAAAUCGAUACCAUUCCAAUACGAUCAAUUCUCUGGUAACUCAAAGUCACGUUUACACAUGCCACAGAAUCGUAAUAGUGGUGAAAUGAGCGGUUCUGGUGCACAUCACUUUCAAAAUCAAAACGGAAGUUCACGAUUUUUACCAUUCUUUGGGGCCCAUCCAUCCAGAAAUAAUUUGAGUGAGCAAUUGGAAAAUAGUGGUUCUUCUGCGUCGCUUAACGAAUUCUUCAAGCAAGCCAUGAACUCCCAAAAAAAGACCGAUCCUCUACAUUUGAUGAUGCCGCCACCUCAGCAACAAAAUACAGGUACUACAAAUACACGUUCUUCAUCAAAUAUUAAUAUAACUGAAAUACCUUCUGUUGACGAAUUGGAAGCUAAAUGGCGCCAAAAUUCAUCAACCGUAGGAAAUAGUGUUAAAAAUGUGGAAAACUAUUGCAAUGAUGCUAACAAUAACAAUAUUAGUCGUGACUCGGAAAAUUUCAAAAAACUUAUUGGUCAAUUGAAUAACUACGUUACAAUUGCUCCAUCUUCUGCAAUGACCACCACCAAAUCUGAUCAACAACAGCAAAAUAAAUCUCAAAAUAUUUUGUAUACCAAUAAUAACAACAAUACAAAUAAUGAGAAUCUUUCGACUAUUAUAUUUAAACAACAGUUGCAACAGAAGCAAUUGCAACAUCAACAACAAUCCACAUCAGGAAUGCAACAAACAAAUCCUUUACAACAACAGUACAACAAACAAAAUGUUUUCAUACAACAGCAACAAGCGGCUCUUCUUGCCAAUUUGCAGCUGAAGGCCAUUUUAAGUCGUCCCGAAGCUCAAAUGCUGUUAUUAGGAUUAGCCAAAGGUGAUAUUUCCAAACAUGGUCUCGUAAUACAAUUGGCAAAUCCACGUUUGCCUCAAAGAGAUCGUGAAGCUAUAACAGCAGUACUUACAUUUACCUCAGCACAGCAGCAGCAGCAACAACAGCAACAGCAGCAACAACAACAGCAAUUUGAUGCAUUAUCAAAUAAUUUAAUAAUAAAUCAAUUACAGAAUCUUCAAAACUUAGCUAUUGUUCAACAGACUUUGGCAGCUCAACAACAGCAGCAACAGUUGCAAGGUGGCAACAAACGUUUAACGACAAUGCAACCUAUGAGUCAAGAAGAACUUCAAACUCAUGCAAAUAUUAUAAUGCAGAACGCUUUAAUCAAGCGUAAAAUUGAAGAACAAACAAAUGCUUUGGGAUUGCAAAAAAUCUUACAAUUGAAUGCUGCUGCGCAAGUAGCUAAACAGCAGCAACAACAACACCAAACUCAAAAUCGUAAUAUCAGUGGUCCUGGUAAUCAAAGCUCUCAAAAUAUGAAUCGCGCUACAGCUGGCAGUCGUCGACUUCAAGCUCUUCAAAAUCUAUUUAAUGACUCAAAUGGCAUGGUAGAUAAUGUCCAACAGCAACAUAAUCUGAAUGCCGCCAAUAUUGGUGGUAAUAUUAACAACAAUAGUGGUACAAAUUAUCGCAACAAUCGCAAUGCUAAUAUUCAAAAUCAACGUCGACGUUCAUCUGGAGCCACAUCGGGAAUACCUCAAAAGUUGGCGCCAGAAGUUGAAAAUCACUAUCAGCAACAACAACAGCAAUGCCAGUUAAUUGAUCAUCAGACACAUUAUCCAACUUCAGUUAUGUCAAAUCCUCAUACGCAUCAUUCAGGACGAACGAAUAAAAUUCACAUUCCAUCACAACAACCAGCAGUAAUUCUUUCAGGAGGUGGAAGUAAGUAG